AUGCUCAAAGGCACAGCACCAACAGCUGACAUGAAGAGGGGACUGGAAUUGGAGAUGGAAGCAGCCAGUGACUACUGCAAGAUGCAGAAUGUCAACUUCUCACCCUGUGGCCUCAUCAUACAUCCUGACGUCCCUUGGCUUGCCUCUUCUCCUGAUGGCCUGGUCUAUGACCCUCUCGAGCAUCCAUCUUUUGGCCUAGUUGAGAUUAAGAACCCGAACGUAAAGGGUUUUGUGGAUUGCAAGUACGUUCACAUGCAUAACGGUGAACCUUCCCUGAAGAGGCAGCAUGCCUACUACUGACAAGUUCAAGGUCUACAUCACUGGGUUGGAGUGGUGUGACAUUGUUGUCUGUGCGCAUGAGGACAUUCUGGUUGAGAGAAUACAUAGAGACCCAGUGGUGUUCUCACUAAUUAGAGAGAAG